AUUACAGGAUGUCUGCAGAAAUCAAGCGGCACAAUGAGGACAAGGAGCUGCCCAAGGAGUUCAUUGACAUGGAUACUGUUACAGACAAUGGCAGAACCGUUGGAACCCAGAAGGAGGAGGUCCAAUCUGUCUCUGCUGGCCAAGAGCGUGUUCUUCGUCCUGUUAUCAGGCUGCCCGAAAGGAAUGCAAUUUGCAUCAAUCCAGAGAUUCGCGAUACCAGUGUUUUUGUAAAACUAAGGCCUGCUUGGGAGGAUUUCAGAAGUUACCUAACUGCCAAGGGACGCAAAAGGUUUGAGGUCUACAUAUGUACAAUGGCUGAGAGAAACUAUGCUCUUGAGAUGUGGAGACUUCUUGAUCCAAAGGCAACUUGAUAAGUUCGCAGCAGAUUUCAGAACGUGUAGUAUGUGUGAAGUCAGGCAAGUCAUGUUCACA